AAAAAAGAAAAGAAAGUAGGAUUUUUAUUCUGAAUCUGAUAUAUCUUUGCUCAUUUAGUCUCGAGUCUACAUUUAGUCUAUGUAGCUGCUGCAUCAUGUCUGACAAUACGGGUGCAGAGUACAUCACUGGUAUCUUCAAGAACAACGAGGAUGCAUUUGACUCCAUCACAAAAGUACAGACACAGAACAAAGUGGGUAUAUCCUCCAUGAACCCUGCUCUCCCUAUACUGGACCUACAUGGCAUCACACGUGCUCAGAUACACACUAGUCUGUUUCAGAAAAUGCAGGAAAAGCUACUGUCUAAAGUUGACAAUCUGGAGGAUAGAGCACUAACGAAAUUACUCGAUCGAUGUUUCCGCUACAUUGGAGGAGAUGCACAACUUCGUUCAGUGUGUUUGCAAAUCAUGCAAAAGUUGCCCAUUAUCGAUGAAAAAUAUCUUCGGCCACUCUCAGAAAAUGUAGAGUUAUAUAAUUCCUGUCCGCUCGGCGUGAAGCAGCAGAUAUGGUCAACCAAUCAGGGCCUGUUUGGGGAGGCCGUUAGUCCGCUGUUAGAUCAGUACAUCUCAGACAAAGAAAAUCUGUUAUUUGGUGUUGAAGAUAAAUCUAAAAAUUCGGUAUCUUUUCUGUCAAUUUUACCGCGGUCACGACGACAAAAUGCUGUCAUUCAAGAGCUUGUAUCGAUGUUAGGGAAUUCCCCCACUCUCUACACAACACUGCUGCAGUUUCUACGAACACUGUUUCUUCGUACGCAGAUUAGUCAUUAUUGUACAUUGCGUGCGGACCUUCUGAUGACCUUGCACGAGAAAGAGAGCAAGUUGUGUGAGCUGGAUCGAUGUCGGAAGUUUGCGUGGUGUCUGGAUGCGUGUGUGCGUGUGGGAGGAGUGGACGCUAAGAAGACUAGAGAGUUGUACAGCUUCAUAGAGGAACAAGAGCAGGGAGAUGACAUACUGGGAGAUGUGUCGAUGCUCCUGAGAGACCCAUACACACUCCACACACUCUGCAAGAGCAUACUACAGAAUAUAUUGCAACUAUUCGAGCAGUCCCAGUUACCAAGAGAGAGCAAUGAUUUAGAGUGUUUGGUGCGACUGCUUUUGUUGGGGCUCAAGUCACUUAGACUAAUAGACAGCAAAGAAUACUACGAAGAUAAAUUUGACACAGAUCUGCUGAUUCGCUUCAUUCCGGAUCUCCUCUCACUGAUGGCUGAGAAUAGUUUACGAGUGCUCUAUCGUCAGCUGGGCGAGGAACACCCACCGCACACACCCUCACAGAACUUCAUCAAGUAUCUCACAAAGCACACCUCGGCGAUGUACAUCACUUGUAUGUACGCUGUCCACUUACUCGAGAAAAAAGAACUGAAAUCAUUUAUUUUCCUGCUCCCUACGAUUGCUAGAGCCUUCACUAGCAGCACUGAGGGAACACAGAUGCCGGACGUGUUCCUCCACAUACUCGUGCAUCAUGUGACCUGCCAGCAAGAGCUGAAGGUGGCCACUCUCCAGGUCAUGUUGAGGCAGUUUUGGAUGCCUUGUUGUCAGGCUAGUGAGACAGUGUUGCUCCACUUGUGCCGACUCCUAUGGAAGAUACAUUGCCGACUCAGCACUUCUCUGUUGGAGGAGGUGCUCUCAGCCAUGAAAAAAGGCAGUGAAUUGAGUCAAGCCACACAAGAACAAUACGUUGGACUGAUAGAGCACAUCAGAGCAUCAAAGAAAGAUGAACUCUGAACUCUAAACCCUCCUCUCGCUAUAGCUCAAUGUUAUUUUGUACGUCCUGAAUGUUAAUCAAACAAUUAUCUCUUCAUACAAUCC